AUGCACAAUGUCUUGUCCAAGAGGACCUGCUUCUUCCUGGUCACACCUACAGAUGCAACGAACAUCAUCAAGGAGACCAGAGAUGAUCAAGAUGAUGAAUGGAAGAUAAAGAGAAAAUACGUCAAAGUUCUGUCUGGACCAGUGCUGAAGUUGGACAGGAGGAUAGAACAUCGACUGAAUGCAGAGGAACUACCCGGCAAAAAUCGAAAGAGGUGGACGAGAAGAGAUUGA